AUGGAAGGCGGCGUUGGGGUCACUCUAGAGCCACCCGUGGAAGCCCUCGACCGUCUCCCUCGGCCAUCUCCCGUGCACGUCUUCCUGGCCACGUUCCUCCCGGCCGUCGCGGCCGUUCUGUACCUCAUGAUGCGGCCGUGCUCUGUGUACCUCGUCAACUACUCCUGCUUCCACACCAACCCCAGCCACCGCGUCUCCCUCGACACAUUCCUCGAGCACGCCAAGCUCGUCAUCUUCAUCGAGGGGGCCUUCAUUGACGAGCGCAACGUCCGUCUCAUGACGCGGCUGCUGGAGCGGUUCGGGCUCGGGAAGGAGACGUGCGUGCCCCCGGCGCACCACUUCGUCCUGCCGUACCGGAACUUGGAGGCCUCAACGGGCAUCAGCCCCGACGCCAUUGACUUCCUCGUCGUCAACUGCAGCCUCUUCGUGCCCAUCCCAUUCUUCACCGACAUGAUCAUCCACAAGUACAAGAUCCGCAACGACAUCUGCUAUGUGCACCUGUCCGGGAUGGGGUGCAGCGCGGGGGUGGUCGUUAGGAUUAGAUUUGAGGGUUCUAGUCUUUGCCUCGACCCCAACCUUUAA